CGUUUGGAUUUCCCACCAGCAAAUCCAAAGACAAGGUGAAACGACGCCUCACAACCACAAGCGACAACAAUAGCACAAGCGCCAAAACAAUGACGACGUGUAGCUCGUUUCAUACAUUAGACAGCGAAGGCUCGGUCAUUGCCGAGCUUGCAGCCGAUCACAAAGUGGAAACUUCCAACUUCUUGGAACUUAUCAAAUUAUUUGCGGAAUACGAUCUGGAGAACGAUCAGAAUGGUAAAGCUAAGGAGGAAAUAGAGGCUGUCCUCCCCGAUGCCUCUCGGGUAUGUCAGACUCCAAAAACAGCUUCCUCGUGUUGCGGCAAUGAAACCAACGACCUGCUCGUGCCUGGGGAGGUGCCUCUCAUGGUUGAGCGACUCCUGAGAACAGGGGUUUGCAGAAGCAUGGAAGACUUUGAGUUCGUUCCGGACAAAGUUUCCAAGGAAGUGGCCCAUCUUUUUGCCGACGAGAAGAAAGAGGACGAAGCCGAGCAGGACGAGAACGUAUCGCACGUGAAGACGGGUAUCUGGGAAGUGGUGACCUUCGAGGACGACGGUACAGCCAAGGCGCCCUUUUACGUUGUCACGGGUGUCUCCAUGACUGACCGCGUCGACACCAAAAAGUUGCGAAAGGCAAUCUUCAAGGGUCAAUGCAGCGGUCGAAGACCGAAACUGCACUUGGCACCAACGUCGGUCGGAGAGACUUUGGCUGGAUACAAAAGCGGAACUAUGGCGCCAAUUUGUCAUUCCAAGAACAUGAAACUGUACUUGGAAGAGACUAUUCUAAUAGGUGAUCGCGAACACCGGAUACUUUGCGGGUCGGGAAUGUUUGGAAAGUGUCUUUCCAUCGCGGAAGAUAAGUUCAUGGAGGUGGCCCGAUCGAAUUCAGAAGGAGUCGAGCUUGUUUCACUGAUACAAAAGAAAAAAGGCAUAACAUAGGUACUAGUAGAUUAGAGUGGAUUUGAAGU